GGCGUUACGUGAAGAAAAGCCAGCUAGUUUGGACGGGAACGUUAAAGAGAGAAGAGCAAAGACGUUUGCGGUGGACCAAAGCUCAGGCUUCUGCUUUUAUUUAUUUAUUUUCGUCUAAGACGUACAGUAUGUCCGAUAUGCUCGACAGCAUUUUCACGAAGAACAUUUUGAAACAGUCCAUGGACGAUGAUUUACUCCUGUCCAAGCCUCACCCUCAGGGUCCAGGCUGUACUCGGCUAAACCGGUCGCCCUCCCUUUUCUCUCCCUUACCCCCGGUUGAAUCCCUGAACCAGAGUUUGAGUAAGGAGCAAGUCAACAAUGAUGAAAACAGCAGCCCUUUCUGGCCAUCCAGUAUCUGGAGCCAGGCCCCUGUCUCCAGAACCAAGCAGCUCCCAUUUAGACCUGAUCGUUCUAUGAGCCUGACAGAGACUAGCAGCAACCUGCUCUCGUCAUUUGGACAGAUGAAGAACCUGGAGUCCUUCCCCUCAGGUCCUGCCACCACUGUUGCUCCUCCACCAGGUUUUCCGCCCUCAUCUUCCCUCCAAGCGCAGGUUCCACCAAUGCUGGCCUCUAACCGUUACAAGACUGAGCUCUGCCGUGGCUUCCAGGAGACCGGCAGCUGCAAAUAUGGCAGUAAGUGCCAGUUUGCCCAUGGAGAGGCAGAGCUGAGAGGAGUAUACAGGCACCCGAAAUAUAAGACGGAGCCCUGCAGAACCUUCUACAACUUCGGUUACUGCCCAUAUGGCGCACGUUGCCACUUCAUCCAUGAGGAGAAAAUAAGUGGUGGUGCGUUGCCCAAAUUCUCUGAUCAGCACCAGCCAAAUUCCACUGAUCUGAGUGGUGGGAAUCCACGCCAUCAACUUCGCCAGUGUGUUAGCUUUGCUGGGUUCCCGGGAUCUUCCCGCAGUGCAUCUCCUCCAUCAUUCCAUUCCUCCUUCAACGAUCCCAACUUGGGGUUUAGCCGUGCUCCCUCCGUUUCCCCACCCCCUGCUGACCUCCUUUCCCCAGUGUUUACUGACUCCCAACACCGUGAGGCUGUAGCAUUCCAGUUUGGCGAACGUCAGAACCGCGUUAGUGCUGGAGACAUCCACAACAUUCCACUCAUCCUAGAGCCAAAGGCCUCACGCUGUGUGUGUGGCCAUGGAAAUAACUUCAACAGCAACAACAGCAGAGCCUUUGCCAGCAUGGAGGCCGAAGUUCACCACCACCAGGACGGCAACAUGCUUUUCCCUGGUUCUGGAGGCCAUGGGGGAUUCAUGAAGCCUGCUGUACUGCAGCGUUUCUCCUCUGAAGACUCCCUGGAAGACAGCUACAGCAGCUCCAGUGGGGGAUCCAGUGGAACGGAGUCUCCAACGUUUGAUGGAUUGUCCGGCAAGAGGCUCACUGUGUUUGAACGCCUAUCUCUGUCUGACUAAGAGAAUCUGUUUUUGUUUUGUUUUUUUUUACGUUAUUCAGAACCAUUACUGAUCUGGACAUGCCGGCUUUAGAUAAAAUUAUAAUUUAUGAUUUUUAAACAAAAGAAUGUGACCUAUUAUUAUCAAACACUUAUUUUUGUACUUGCAAUGAUUAUGUAGCCUUAUAGACCUUCAUAUUUGGUCUUCCAUGAGAGCUAGCUCUUCUGCAGGGUUCGACAGAACCAGUAAACAGUCUGGUUUAAAAAACAAAUCAAUAAUUCUUAGUGUUGUAUCAGUGUAGCAGUGCCUUUUAAAGAUUCUUCUUGCCAUAUUGGCUUAUUCCGUCUCAGUGCCAUAAACAUGUCUGUCUGAUAUAGUAGCCUUAAUCACUGAGACCUGACACGUCAUUGAUCCCAGUUUAUCUUUGAUAUGCACUUUACAGCUGAUUGAAAUGGGAGCAACUGUCAAAAGUCUCCCAGUAGCAUUCUACCAAAGCUUCAGACUUCACUCUGCUUUAUGUGUGUUUGUCUGUGUAUUCAAUUGUGUGGGUGUGUGUGUGUGUAACCAUUUACUUUUCUGAAUCCUGGGUGCACACAUAAAUACGUUUCAGGAUGCUGAAUGAUCAAAUGCAGCCUAUGUCAGUGAACCUGUAUCUGUAUCUCGACUCACUUUAUCAGAUAUUUUUCUCAAAACAUUCUUAAUGCUGAUUUGAAAAUUUUGCACCCUGUCUUCUGUUUGUUUAAAGACAAAAACCUGGUUCAGGGACUUUAACACCACAGUAUUCCUUUUGGUUAAUGGUUGCCUUGUGUUGUUUAACUUAAAACUAAUAUAUUUAUUAUGAUAUUUAUUUGUGUUUAAUGAAAAAAAUUGUAUUUUGUACUUUAUUUAUGGAGAAAAAAAAUAUUUCAAAGUCUGUGAAAUGCCAAUGUGAGGUAUAAAAAAAAAAGCAGUUAAAAAGAGAAUCCUAUAUUUUUAAUUGCCUUAAAGGGACAAAAUAAAUUUAUGAAUGUAUAAAAAAAA